ACUAGAUCCGCUUCUCUGCUUUUGUCUCGUGCAUUAACGCAAGAAGGAAAAAAUUCCAGCGCCUAGGGUUCUUGUUGAAAACCAGCGCCACUACUCCUAUCCCAUCUCUACAGCACGUACGGAGUAUAUUACCCUUCUCUGCAAUUUGCAGUAUAUCCACUGGUGUGAUUCCGCGCAAACCAAUUGCGUAUACCAUGCCUCCUUCAUCAGCCGAUCCGAUGGAUCACCUCCCCACUGGUCUCAAGCUGUUCGUACGGAAUCUCCAAUCUCUUACUCCGGCGAAACUUGAUGAUUCAAACUAUCCUUCUUGGUCGGAAACUCUUCGAGCUAAUCUAAUGGCUCACCGGCUUCUCAGUUACGUGGAUGGCACGGAACCGGCACCUCCCUCGCUUAUUCUUGACGAAAAAGCCGCCAUCUCCCGCAAAGAAGAUUCCCCAGUUAUGAAGGCAAAUCCAGCCUAUGAGACAUGGAUGAUUGUCGAUGCUCAGAUUCGUGCAUGCUUAUUGGCGGUCAUCUCCCCCACCGUUCAAACACACAUUCAUACCCUUCCGACAUCAGCCGCAAUUUGGAGUCAUCUCGAACAACGAUAUAAUUCCCUAUCUCGCACUCAUAUUUUUCAGUUGAAGGAACGACUUCAUAGUCUACAAAAAUGGAGUGACACCAUGCAAACAUACCUUGACAAUGUUUUGAAUAUUGUCUCGUCUCUCACUCUAGCCCAUGAGAGUAUCUCUGAUCAAGACGUCAUUCUAUGCAUACUCCGUGGAUUGCCAGCAGAGUACAGUUCCUUGAAACAGAACAUCCGCACUAAUAUCGGGAAUGUCAAUAUAAAUCAAGUCUCGGCAUGGCUCCUAUCCGAAGAACUCAACGUCACUCUUGAGAAAAAAUUACAGCUCAAUGACUCUGCCUCCGCAUCCACUUCAGAUGUCCAUAAUGUCCUCUAUACUACCUCUGGUCGGGGAAAUUUACGUGGCCGGGGACGCGGUGGCUACCGUGGCCGGAAUAGCUCCAAGGGUGGCAGUACAUAUGGCGGCCGAGGAUCAAGAAGCACAGGAUCGCAACGCGAUGACUACCGUGGCAGGGGGGGCCGCGGCCUGGAUCGGUGUCGUGCCAACUAUGCGGAAAACCUGGACAUGUGGUCUGGGAUUGCUGGCACCGUUUUGAUGAGUCAUAUACUGGUCCUCCACAAGCGUUUUACACAAUUGGUCAUGCCCGUUGUAGGGGGUGUUUUGCUUGGAAUACAACCAGUGGUGGAGCCAGGGGUCAGGUUCUCAGCUCCUCUUGAAGAGAGGUCUGCCGCAAGAAGACAUUACCUGGAGUUUGCGUGUAGCUUCAUUUCCUGGCUGGAAGUUGGUCUUGCUGUUUGCUUUGGGUUGGAAGGCCGAAGGGAAGAUGGAGCCAAGUCUUGCCGCAUGCUUAGGUCCCUGGUUUUGGUCUCAGUUUUGUUUCCUAUUGCUUGGGCUGCCUUGGUGUGUUUAUUUGCUUUGUAUUAUGAUCUUGAUCAUGGGCUGAUUUUGGAUUUGCGAUGGAAUUGUUUUGUGGUGGUUCUUGGGCAAUUGAAGGGUUUCCCGUUGUCCAUGGUUUUUGCCUCUUUUGGGAGGCACCACCAUUUGAUUUGGAGCUGGGUUUUAUGUUUGUUAUUGCAUUUGGGUCUUGCUGGCAGGCUGCCCCGUGCUCUUCUUGACCCUUUCGGUUAGGGUUGUUGGAAGAACCGGGACUAUCAUGGCUAUGAAUCGAUUCACAGGAGGCCUCCCCACCCCCCGGAGGAGAGACAAUUAGAUGAACAACGGAGAUGCGUAAAGAUGAAGGCCU